AUGUUCGGCGACAGCACGGGGCCACGGCCGUCAGCAGUGAACGAGCUUGACCUUCUCAGCAUUGGGAAGAAGACCCAUGAUGAUGGGAGUAAGCAGACGUCUUCGGCACCGCGUGAGCGAAUCACAUGCACACUUGACACACGAGGAUCAGGCCCGCCUGCCAGAAGGGUCAAUAUUGCUAACAAUCGCAAUGGAUUCGGCGAAAACCGACGGUUGGGCCAACGUCUCACUUUCCCUGGAAGGCGGUCGGAUGAUUUUCCGGAAAGAAACCACGGGCGCCGAUUCGAGCCAAGUGACUCGCGUCGUGACAGAAGCUUUGGUGACAUCGACAGGCGAGAACGCGAGAGGCGAGAUCCUGUUGAAGAAGAAAAGCCCGUGUUGAAGCUCGUCGACCCAGCUUCGGUGCCACGCGGCCGUGGUUAUUUUGACCACGACAGUCGCGAAAAAGACGAAUGGCACGGGAAAUCGCUCUACGACCCUCGCAAGGACUUUGGCUUCAACCGUCAACGCGAUAGAGGUGGAAGGCGUGAUUUUGGCGGCUGGCAAGAUCGGGAUAAUCGCGAAGACCGGCCCCGCUUCCAACGUUCUUCAUGGGGAGGCCCAAAAACCGGAAUAGACGGAGACUGGUCCCACGACAAGUUCUUCGAAAUGGAAGGGAUAGAAGACCCACAGAAGGCGAAUGAAGAGCUCGCUAAAACUGCAGAGAAAAAGGAAGAGUCAAGCAGUGGCCCAGCCCUAUGC